AUGUCAAUAAGAUCAUAUUUAAUUAGUUUAAAACAAAAAGUGGACUCAAAAGCAUUGAAAUUACCUUACACUUUUGUUACUGGUAACCAAUCUGCUGAUAUGGACUCCGUUGUGAGUGCUUUAACAUUUGCAUAUUUUACUAAUUUACAAUCCACCGAUAAAUUCAUAAUACCAUUGAUUAAUAUUCCAAAAGAUGAUUUAAGAUUAAGAAAAGAUAUCGUCAAAUUAUUGUCAUAUCAUUCCAUCACUGAAGAUCUUUUAUAUUUUGUAGAAGAUUUUGAAAAACUUUCUCAAGAUUCAAAUAAAGUUUUAGUGAAUUUGGUUGAUCAUAAUAAUAUUCAGGGUGAUGAAUUACAUAAAGCUUAUGAUGAUGGUAAAAUUGAAAUUGUUGGAAUUCUUGACCAUCAUGCUGAUGAAGGAGAGUUUUUAAAAGCUGAUCCUAGAAUUAUAAGAACUUGUGGAUCAAACAGUUCUUUAGUUUUCAAUUAUUUUUAUGAAAAAUUUUUCAGUAAUGAUCAACAAUUUUUUGAUAAACAACAUGAAGUUAUGGAAUUAUUAUUAGGUCCUUUAUUGAUUGAUACUAAUUGUAUGAGCCAAAAAGUUGAAGAACCAGAUACAAUUGCUUUUAAGAAUUAUCAAAAAGGUUUAGGCAAUCAAUUCCAACAAUUGUUUAUAUCUGAAAAUGGGAAAUCUGAAAUUGAAAAUUUCCAUUCAACUUUAAAAGCUGCUAAGAAGGAUUUUGAAGGAUUUUCAUUCAUGGAUACUUUACGUAAGGAUUAUAAACAAUUUACUUUUAGUGGGGGCGAUAGAGUUGGUUUUAGUUCUCUUGGAAAAUCAUUCAAAUGGAUUUUUACCAACUAUUCCAAAGAAGAAAUUGAAAAAACACUCGCAGAUGCACUUGUGGCUAAUAAGCUUGAUUUAUUGGUCAUGUCUGAUUCAUUUACAAGAAAAGACACAUAUAAAUACACCAGAGAAUUUGCAUACUAUUAUGAAGAUAAAGAUAAAGCUAGAUACGAAGAUUUAUAUAAAUACGCUCAAGAACCCUUACAACUUAAUGAUAAUGUGUACGGAAUCGAAAAAAUCAGAUCCAAGAUUGAAGCAGUUAACCAAAAGGGACAUUACAAAUUGUUUGAUCAAGGAAAUACUGCUGCUUCUAGAAAACAAAUUGUUCCUAUUGUUAAAGAUAUCCUUGAAAGUAAAUUAAUCAACGGUAAUCAUUUAUAA